UGUAGAGAGACAGAGAGAGCUCAGAGAGAGAGCUCGGAGAGGGAGAGGGAGAGGGAGAGAGAGAGAGGGGUUAUUUGCUUCCAUGUUUCCAUAGAUCACUGACGAUGAGCUCCUCCGAUCUCUCUCUCCUCGGCGAUCAGAUCCCCGGCCACAUCCAAAUGCAGUCCUCCAACCCAAAUGCUGUAACCGGAUCCGGCAAUUCUCGUGCAGAGAUCACCUCCGGUUGCCGUCGCCACCACACCUCCGCCCAUUCCGGUCGCUGGUGGACCCGGCUCCUACGGCGAUGGAAGUUCCGCCUUGGCGGCGACGACGACGAGCCGGCGGUGGGGGACGGCGGCACCACAGCGGCGUCUUCUACGGCGGGGGAUUGCUACGCGUGCACGCAGGCGGGAGCGCCGGCGUUCCACUCGACGAGCUGCGACCGCGCCCACCCCCCCGAGUGGGAGGCCAGUGCCGGCUCCUCGCUGAUACCCAUCCAGAACACCGCCCGGAGCUCCUCCGCAGCGGGCGCCGGCGAGAGGAGGAAGGCCAGGUGGCGGCCGGCGUGGGUGUUCGGGGCGGUGCUGGACCCGCGGAGCGGCGGCGUGCAGCAGUGGAACCGCGGGCUGCUGCUGGCCCGGGCGGUGGCGCUGGCGGUGGACCCGCUGUUCUUCUACGCCGUCUCGCUCGGCGCGAGGCCGGCACUGGCGGCGGCGGCGGCGGCGGCGGUGGAGGAGGAAGGGGGAGGGUGCGUGGUGGGAAUGGAUGGGAGGCUCGGGGUGGCGGUGGCGGUGGUGCGGACGUGCGCGGACGCGGUGCACGUGCUGCACGUGUGGGUGCAGCUGAGGCUGGCGUACGUGUCGCGGGAGUCGCUGGUGGUGGGGUGCGGGAAGUUGGUAUGGGAUCCGCGGGCCAUCGCCUCCCAUUACCUCCGCUCCCCCAAGGGCUUCUGGUUCGACCUCUUCGUCAUCCUUCCCUUCCCCCAGAUAAUCUUAUGGUUGGUGCUGCCAAAAUUGAUUAGGGAGGAAGAGCUCAAGGUUAUAACAACGGUCCUGCUAUUAAUUUUCUUGUUCCAGUUCCUCCCCAAGGUUUAUCACAGCAUAUGUAUGAUGAGGAGUAUGCAGAAGGUCACUGGCUAUAUAUUUGGAACCAUUUGGUGGGGUUUUGGGCUCAACCUCAUUACUUAUUUCAUCGCAUCUCAUGUAGCUGGGGGUUGCUGGUAUGUUCUUGCGAUCCAACGUGUCGCCUCAUGCCUCCAACAGCAAUGCCAGAAGAACAAUAAUUGUGAUCUCAUGUCGAUAGCCUGUUCGAGAGAAGCCUGUAACCGGCUUUCACUACCUGCUGGAAUUAAUGAACAAUCUUGCAUGAAUAAUCUGGCAUCUGUUGGAAACCAAAAUCUCCUAUCAUGCUUAAAUGUAGAUGGGCCAUUUCAGUAUGGAAUAUAUGACGCAGCUCUUCCUGUCAUAUCUAGCAACUCACUUGUUGUUAAGAUACUCUACCCUAUAUUUUGGGGCCUUAUGACUCUCAGCACUUUUGGCAAUAAUCUUGAACCAACAAGUCAGUGGCUGGAAGUGAUAUUCAGUAUAGCAAUAGUGCUAAGUGGCCUAAUGCUCUUUACUCUAUUGAUUGGAAAUAUCCAGGUGUUCCUGCAUGCAGUCAUGGCAAGGAAGAGAAAGAUGCAACUAAGGUGUCGAGACAUGGAAUGGUGGAUGAAGCGAAGACAACUUCCCUCACGCUUGAGGCAAAGAGUCCGACAAUACGAACGCCAGAAAUGGGCCACAAUGAGAGGAGAAGAUGAAAUGGAGGUCAUCAAAGACUUGCCAGAGGGGCUAAGACGAGAUAUCAGGCGAUAUCUCUGCCUUGAUCUCAUUAAGCAGGUGCCUUUGUUCCAGAGCUUGGAUGAUCUUAUCCUUGACAAUAUAUGUGACAGAGUUAAGCACCUUGUCUUCUCCAAGGAUGAAAACAUUAUUAGAGAAGGAGAUCCAGUACAACGAAUGGUUUUUAUUGUUCGGGGGCACUUGCAGAGCAGUCAAAAACUCAGCAAAGGAAUGGUAGCAACAUGCAAGCUCGGACCUGGAAACUUUCUAGGGGAUGAGCUCCUCUCAUGGUGCCUUCGUCGCCCAUUUAUAGAUCGUUUACCUGCUUCAUCCGCCACCUUUGUUUGUGUUGAGCCAAUAGAGGCCUUUGGCUUAGAUGCAUACCACUUACGCUACAUCACCGAGCAUUUCAGGUAUAAAUUUGCAAAUGAUAGACUCAAGAGAACAGCAAGGUACUAUUCAUCAAACUGGAGAACGUGGGCAGCAGUUAACAUACAACUUGCAUGGCGCCGUUACAAGGCCAAAACUAGAAAUGUGGCGAUUCAACCAUCAGAAUUCAGCGACAACGAACGCCGUCUUCGGCUUUAUGCUGCAAUGUUCAUGUCAAUGCGACCUCAUGAUCACCUUGAAUAGUCGGAAAAAGCUCACUUAUGAGCUGACAAAUUUCUGUGGUAGCUACUCAAUUUGCUGGCAAGGAAAAUAGUGUCAAGAAGACCGAUUCCCUCCGGAACAAUGAAAAAGAAAUCAAAUAUUUCAUUCAGAAAAAUGCAAAUGAAUCGGUUACCUUUUUUGAAGAUGUGAAGAAUGGAAUAAUUUUCAUUGUUUUCUGAAAGGAAUAAAUUUAAUAAAGAUAUUUGUUCUAUGGAGCUCAAUGCUGUGUCUCUGCUCUCUGGACAACUCAACAUGGAUGAGAAGUGUGUGUGUAGCAGCUGCGGUUUGAAGUCUUGGAAUAAAACAGAGAAGGGAUUUACAGAAUACAAAUCAAAAUCAUGCUAUUGGGUAUUUCGGUUCCACGAUGUGUUUUGUAAAGUGCAAUCAUCACUUCAACCAUAGAGAGAUGUUCAUAUUGAGACACCUUACUGGUAACAAAGAAAAAAAAAAUGAGUUCAUUGGAAUAGUCCUCUAAAAGAUUUAAGCCUCUGCCUUGAACAAUUGUUUACAUGAGAACUAUAUCAGGAGACUGAUGACAUUUAGAAGUUAUACCUGAAGAUGGUGAUUACUCGUUGCACCUCCUACACUGUAGACUUUGGAAGACUUGGAAGAGUAUAAUUUUCAUUUUUCAAUAUAGUUCUUGGCCUAACUUUGGUACAUUUCUUCAUUGUUGAGCUGAAAUAUAUGUUCAUCAGAGAAUAAUUCAUUCUAGUCAAUGUAAUAAUGUGGAGUCAUGGGAAGGGUUGUAUAAGGUCAUAAAUAGGCAUAUUAUUGCUUCAUUUUU